AUGCCAGAUCAUUCGACGGCGUAUAUAGGCACGGCCUUUGUCGCCGGCGUCUGCCUGGCACUCGCAUAUCAAGAACUCUCACGUCCCAAACAUGAGGAUAAUGUGACAAAAGAAAUGCAUCCAGCAAAUGGCCUAAUCGCCCGAGCUGGCCCACCCACCAUCGUGGAAGGCAUUGAAGGCUGCAUCGGAAACACCCCUCUGUUUCGAAUCAAGUCACUAUCAGAUGAGACGGGGUGUGAGAUUCUAGGCAAGGCAGAGUUUUUGAAUGGCGCUGGUCAGAGUUCAAAAGACCGAGUCGCACUUAGCAUGAUUGAGAUUGCAGAAGAACAAGGUAUCCUGACACCCCAUUCAGGCGACACAAUCUAUGAAGGUACCUCGGGAUCAACCGGUAUCUCACUAGCAACACUAGCCCGGGCAAAGGGCUACUUAGCACACAUCUGCCUGCCAUCCGACCAGGCAAUUGAAAAGUCCAACCUCCUUCUCAAACUCGGGGCGAUAGUUGACCGGGUCCCGCCAGCACCAAUAGUGGAGAAGGACAACUUUGUCAAUCGCGCACGAGCCUUAGCAAAGACGCACACGGCUUCAUCGGGAAUUCCUUCUGCAUCCACGGAAGAGCAAUCCAAUCUCCCCGCGGCAGACAACCGCAUGACCCGUGGCCGUGGCUUUUUCGCCGACCAAUUUGAGAAUGAGGCUAACUGGCGCGCCCACUACAAAGGCACUGGCCCAGAGCUUUACGCCCAGUGUGGGGGCCGGAUCGAUGCGUUUGUAGCGGGCGCUGGCACUGGUGGGACCAUUUCUGGUGUUGCCAGGUUCUUGAAGCCAUUGCUGCCUAAAAUUACUGUUGUGCUGGCGGAUCCGCAGGGAAGUGGUCUUUUUAAUCGAGUGGUCUACGGCGUCAUGUUUGACUUGAAAGAAAGGGAGGGCACGAGACGGCGGAGGCAGGUUGAUACCAUCGUCGAGGGGAUUGGAAUAAACCGUGUCACGGCGAAUUUCGAGGCUGGGAAGGAACUGAUUGAUGACGCGGUGCGUGUUACUGAUGCGCAGGCUUUGGCUAUGGCUCGGUGGCUUGUUGAGAAGGAUGGGAUCUUUAUUGGGAGUAGCAGUGCAGUGAACUGUGUCGCCGCUGUCAAAACGGCGAGGAAGCUUGGCCCUGGUCAUCGGAUUGUCACAAUGAUUUCGGACUCUGGCUCACGACAUCUGUCUCGGUUUUGGGCUAAGGCUGGAGAUGUUGGUGGGGCUGUUGACACGAAGCUUGAGGAUGUUAUGAAUGCACGGGACGAAGACUUUCAAUAG